AUGACGACUAAUUUGCCUGCGAUUUACUCAUUUCCACCAUUGUACACGUGUCAGCCAAAUGCUUUGAUUCGAGAACAGCAGUUGACGGUUUGGUGCGAGAUCAUAGUGGAGUUUGCCAAAAAAGAACGAGUUUGGUGUAUAACGGCAGAAGGAACACCAGCAAAAGAUGGUGGAGACAAACAAAGCGUUUUCCGCAACGACGUUAUCCAACGAUCGGUCAAAUCGACUUUUAUCGAAGAAAUUUGGCAUAAAAUGAUCGAAACUGAAAAAGCACUAAGAAUCGAUUCCGAUUCCAACUAUUUCAUACUGUGGAGAAGUCUGGAUUCUUGGAGUGCGUUGAUUUUGCAGUGGUUUGAAAGCAGCGGUAAACUGAACCAGGUUAUAACGCUGUAUGAAUUGAUAGAGGGUGAUGAGACGCUUGGUUGUGAAUUUCACGGUAUGGAUUCAAUGCUAAUGGAAAAAUGCUUACUGAGACUACGAGAACGCGGAAGAGCCAGCUUACUCAAGGAUCAGAAUAAAGUGAUGGGAGUCAAAGUUGUGUAA